AUUCGCAGACUUUUCGGAAAGGAAGGCGGGACCUUCACACAGAUUGGUGGCAACGCGGGAGGCUGGCUCGUCAGACCGGACGCAGUAGGCGGGCGGGAACGUGAAGUCUCCGCGGUGCCUGAUGGGGCUGUUCGGUGGCGGAUAGCUGUUGCCUCUGGGGGUCCCUUGGUUACUGCCGCCGCUGUCCUUGCCGCCUCAUGGCGGCCAUCGGAGUCCACCUGGGCUGCACAUCAGCCUGUGUGGCCGUCUAUAAGGAUGGCCGGGCUGGUGUGGUUGCAAAUGAUGCAGGCGAUAGAGUUACUCCAGCUGUUGUUGCUUACUCAGAAAAUGAAGAGGUGGUGGGAUUGGCAGCAAAACAAAGUAGAAUAAGAAAUAUUUCAAAUACAGUAAUGAAAGUAAAACAGAUCCUUGGCAGAAGCUCUGAUGACCCACAAGCUCAGAAAUACAUCAUGGAAAGUAAAUGUUUAGUUGUUGAGAAAAAUGGGAGAUUACGAUAUGAAAUAGAUACCGGAGAAGAAACAAAAUUUGUUAACCCAGAAGAUGUUGCCAGACUGAUAUUUAGUAAAAUGAAAGAAACAGCUCAUUCUGUCUUGGGGUCAGAUGCAAAUGAUGUAGUUAUUACUGUUCCCUUUGACUUUGGAGAAAAACAAAAAAAUGCUCUUGGAGAAGCAGCUGGAGCUGCUGGAUUUAAUGUUUUGCGUUUAAUACAUGAGCCAUCUGCAGCUCUUCUUGCUUAUGGAAUCGGACAAGACUCCCCUACUGGAAAAAGCAAUAUUUUGGUAUUUAAGCUUGGAGGAACAUCCUUAUCUCUCAGUGUCAUGGAAGUUAACAGUGGAAUGUAUCGGGUUCUUUCAACAAACACUGAUGAUAACAUCGGUGGUGCACAUUUCACAGAAACCUUAGCACAGUAUCUAGCUUCUGAGUUCCAGAGGUCCUUCAAACAUGAUGUGAGGGGAAAUGCCCGAGCCAUGAUGAAACUGAUGAACAGCGCUGAAGUCGCAAAACAUUCUUUGUCAACCUUAGGAAGUGCCAAUUGUUUCCUUGACUCAUUAUAUGAAGGUCAAGAUUUUGAUUGCAAUGUGUCUAGAGCAAGAUUUGAGCUUCUUUGUUCUCCUCUUUUUAAUAAAUGUAUAGAAGCAAUACGAGAACUCUUAGAUCAAAGUGGAUUUACAGCAGAUGAUAUCAACAAGAUUGUCCUUUGUGGAGGGGCUUCUCGAAUGCCAAGGCUACAGCAACUGAUUAAAGAUCUUUUCCCAGCUGUUGACCUUCUCAAUUCUAUCCCUCCUGAUGAGGUCAUCCCUAUUGGUGCAGCUAUAGAAGCAGGAAUUCUUAUUGGGAAAGAAAAUGUAUUAAUGGAGGACUCUCUAAUGAUAGAGUGUUCAGCCAAAGAUAUUUUAGUUAAGGGAGUGGAUGAGUCAGGAGCCAACAGAUUCACAGUACUCUUUCCAUCAGGGACUCCUUUGCCAGCUCGAAGACAGCACACAUUACAAGCCCCUGGAGAUAUAUCUUCUGUAUGCCUGGAACUCUAUGAGUCUGAGGGGAAGAACUGUGCAAAAGAGGAAUCCAAGUUUGCCCAGGUUGUACUCCAGGAUUUAGAUAAAAAAGAGAAUGGAUUACGUGAUAUAUUAGCUGUUCUUACUAUGAAAAGGGAUGGAUCUUUACAUGUGACAUGCACAGAUCAAGAGACUGGAAAAUGUGAAGCGAUCACUAUCGAGGUUGCAUCUUAGUGUUUUAGAUAACCCAAGCCUUUUUUAGAACUAGAAUAUCAAUAUUUCUUGGUUUUGUGUAUAAGCAAUGUUUAUAUUAAAAUACUUUUCCAGUAAACAUAUGUCAUGUUUAUUAAAUUAAAAUAUGGUUGCAGUCUUUUUGUUUUAUUUUUCAUGUAAGAUCAGCUAGUAUUCAUGGUAAAUAGAGGAUUUUUGAUUAUGAAGCUCUUUAUAAUUAAACAAAAUUGGUUGAAGGAAAUUUUAUUGGAAAUUUUGCAUGAUGUUUUAAAAAUUUUUAUACUUCUAUGACUUCUAAAUUUAAAAGGGUUUUAUUGAUUUUUGAUAGAUAAUUAAGAGAACAAAUAAAAGUCCUUUAUAUUAAUUGAAAAAAUUCAAGAAACAUAUGCAAAGUUAAGAUACCAAUAUGGGCACAUAGUACAUUGGGUACAGCUCAUGAGAUCUUGAGUUCAGUUUCCAGCACCAAUAAGUAAUAAAGUUGAGGCUGUUUUGUUGUUAUGGUGUUUUUUUUUUUUUUAAAACAGUACUGAAUAUCAAAUCCAGGGCCUUGCAAGAUAUCACUUUUGUUAAAAAAAGUAAACUCAACAGUUGUGUAUCAAUGUGUAGUGUGUGUGUACACGUACACCACAUGUGCAUACAUACAUAGAAAAGAAGUCUAGAAGGCUAAAGACCAAAUAUUGUAGCUUUGAUAGAGGGAAAUAUGGAGAGAGUUUUUAUCUUCCUUUGUUACAAUUUGUUAAUUUUUUCCCCUCCAACAAACAUCUUUUUCUUCUGAAUUUAAAAUAUUAAUAUCACGUUUUUGAUAUCUCAUCUUAAUGUAAAUGCAUUAAGUCAGUAAAUGCAUCUUUUGCAUAUUUUAUGGCUUAGGCAUACAGUAGAAAAGGACAGGAAUACCACUGUUUCUGACUUGACUUGUCCCUCGUUAUUAAGUAUUCUGAUGCAUUAUGAAAUACUUUCAAAUUUCCUUGCACUUCAGGUGAUAAUUUUUUAUUCUGAAUUUGUAAAAGAUAUGCCAACUAAAUUUUCUAAUGGUUUUUAAAAAAACUUUAAGGUAAAAAUAGCUUUAACUUUUCUCUCUGUAAAAAUGUAUUGAUAUGUAUUUAUUAUAAAAUUAAUAUUAAAAACUAGAAUGGAAAGCAUAUUCCACCACCCAUGAAUUUCCCAUUUAUCUCUGCUUUGUCAUGUAUAUUUAAAUACUUGAACACUUGUCAGCAAAAGUUUAUGUCUAAUUAUAAUGUUGCCUGUUUGCAUGUCUGAUGUCUGGAGGAGAGAACUAACUAUAAUGGUGAAGAUGUUGGGAGUUGUUGUGAUAUGAGCUGCUAUAAUCCAUAGCAUAACCCUAGACUGGGUGGCCUAGGAGCAGCAGAAAAUUAUUUCUCAUGUUCUGGAGUAUGGAAGUCUGAGGUUAGAGUGCUUGCAUCUUCGAGUUCUAGGGAGGGUUUCAUUUUUGGUUGCAAACCACUGACAUCUCAUACCCAAACAUGAAGUACAGAAGGCAAGAGAAUUCCCAAGAUCUCCUACAAUGCUAACCCCAUUCAUGAGGAUUCUACCCAGCAUGACCAAAACAGCUCCCAAAGGCCUGCUUCCUAAUGCCAAUACAUAGGGAUCUGGCUUUCAACAUUUGAUUUUGAGAUAGGGAACACAAAAUAUUCACUCCAUAAAAGAAGGCCACAAAAUGUUCCAUUAUGAGCUGGCAGCUUUUACAUAUGUAAGAAUUCCUAAUAAAGUAUCACAGAACAAAACAAGUUCUACAGACAUCUAAAGUGACAAUGAGUCACCACGGUAACAUUUACACACUGCAUAUACUGUGAUUUACUUGCUUUAAUAAUCUCAUUUAAAAUUUUGAUCUUGCCAUAGCUUCAUAAUAUGUAGAAAGUAAUAUGAGGAAUGUUAUUUGUUUUCUAGAUCUGAAAUCGAUUUAAAGAAAUUAUUCAAUGUCUCAUAGUAAAUAAAUGGUGAAUUUUGAAUUAAUAUUCACACACUGAUAUUUUAAACUUAAUUUUUCUUGACUAUCUUAAGUAUAUUAAAUGCAUUACUUUACUUAAAUUCACAUUUUUAAUCCAUUGUUCAUUGUACUGUUUUAAUCUGAUCUCAGAGAACAUUUACUAAUUUGAAAGAGUAUGGAUCACCCAAAAUCAUGUUUUAAAGUGGUUUUUAUGAAAAAUUGGGACAGCAGGGUAAUUUGGCACUUUUCUCUUGAAGAUACAGGUAUGUGACUCUCAGAUGCUUCUGAUUUCCUUCUCUAUUCCUUUAUAGCUGGGAUUUACGAAGAGUCUCAAAUAUUUUGGUCCCAGAAACUUUUGCACUUAAACAUUUUUGAGUUCAGGCAUAUUGUGGCUUGCACGUAUAGUCCCAGCUACUUAGGUGACUGAGAGGGAGAACCCCUUGUGGCCAGGAGUUUGGGACCAGCCUGGGCAAUAUAGAAAGACCUCAUCUGAAAAAAAAAAUAAAAAAAAAAGAAAGAAAAUUUACUGAGAUUCUGAGUUUUUGAACUUUUAUUUAUAAUACACUGAGAGAUAUGGAAAGAGAUUUUAUAAACUUAUACGUAUGUAUAGUUACAUAACUAUAUACACUUAUCUGUCAUAUAGAAAUAUAAACCCAUUAUUUAAAUAAAAAGGUUAACUCUUGCCAGGGUGAUGGCAGCACACCUGUGAUCCUUGCCACUCAAGAGACUGAGACCAGAGGAUCUCAAGUUCACAGCCAGCCACAGCAACUUAGACCCUGGGGUUGUAUGUAGUAAAGGGCCCCUAGGUUCGAUUCAUAGUAGCCCCCCCUCCCCUUCCUUAACUGUUAACAUGAAUAACAUUUUAAUGAAAAAUACCUAUCUAAAAAGUAGUGGCAACAGUGGUGGUCUAUAUUUUUUCAAAUCUCUUUAAUGUCUGGUUUAAUAGAAGAUAGCUAUAUUCUGAUAUUUGCUUUCUUCCAUCAGUAUUUUGCAAUAUCCAAUUUGUGUAAUAAACUCUGGAAAACUCCACUGUAUACUUAUGAGAGAAGGAAAAUAAAAAAGUCAGAUAACA